GUGACUCGUCCCAUGCCGUUGCAUCUGCCAGUUAUCGUGCUUGUGAUUACAUAGUUAGUUAAUAGUUAGUUAAUACCCGGACUAAAAUAAUAAAUAAGUGAAAAAUGGUGGAGAGAAAAGAGAGCCGUGAAAUCCUGACAAUAUUGAUAUUGUGUAUUCUGUGGUACAUUGUGUCGAGCAGCAAUAAUGUAGUGGGUAAAUUGUUGCUGUCAGAGUUUCCAUAUCCAAUGACAGUUACGAUGGUGCAGUUAACCUCAAUCACAGCAUUGAGUGGGCCAUUUUUCAACAUGUGGGGAGUGAGAAAGAGUAAAUCGGAUAUUUCGUGGGGUUAUUAUUUGCGGCUCAUUGUGCCACUUGCACUGGGGAAGUUUCUGGCGAAUGUCUUCAGCCACGUCAGCAUCUGGAAGGUGCCUGUGUCGUAUGCACAUACUGUGAAGGCUACGAUGCCCCUCUUCACAGUAUUCCUGUCGAGGAUAAUCUUACGUGAAAAGCAAACCUACAGGGUAUACCUCAGCCUCGUGCCAAUUGUCGGUGGUGUUGCUAUUGCGACAUUAACUGAACUCAGUUUCAACGUCAUUGGGCUUGUCAGUGCUCUAGCAUCUACCAUGGCAUUUUCGUUGCAGAAUAUCUACUCUAAGAAGGUUCUGUGUGACACUGGAAUCCACCACCUCCGCCUCCUCUUCAUCCUGGGUCGCCUAGCCCUCUUCCUCUUUCUCCCAGUGUGGCUCGCCUACGACCUCCGGACCUUGAUAAACGAAUCAGUGACGCACUCCAUCAGCACCAAGGUAAUAGGUCUUCUAAUUCUCGAUGGAGUUCUCAACUGGCUCCAAAACAUCAUAGCCUUCUCCGUAAUGUCAAUAGUCACACCACUGACUUAUGCAGUUGCCAAUGCCAGCAAGAGAAUAUUCGUCAUAGCUGUGACGUUGUUCAUACUGGGCAAUCCCGUAACUGGCCUCAAUAUAUUUGGCAUGACACUCGCAAUUAUCGGAGUUUUUUGUUACAACAAAGCUAAGUACGAUCAGAGGCAGGCAGCUAAGAAGGAAUCACUGUUGCCUAGUUACACGAAUGUUCUUGAUAUCAAGAAAAACGGAAGUGCUUUUCAUGUCAAUGGCUGGACACCACAGACGCAUCGAUUAUUCGCCGUCUAGUCUUCAAUUUAGAUAGAUAAAUAUUUCAAUUAUUGAUCAAUUUGCGAGUGAUUUUUUUCGUGUGUGGAACGAGCUUGAAGACAUGUUCUAGGGGAUUUUCUGAACGUCUUUCUUUGAUAGAACUUGGGCAAUUUCUAUAGUAAUGAGGCGAACAGGAAUUUAACUAUUCAAAAAUCCAUUCAAUUUCGAGAGCAUGUUCAUCAUAAUUUUCAGCUAAAGGAAAUGAUUUUGUAAGUACUUAGAGUACUUUUCUCCAGACGAUGCCCAGAGAAAUGCAGUUUUCUACACAUUUUCUAUAGAAUUUUUCUGAAUUCUUUAUGAGAAAAACCCAUAAACUUUUCUGUGGAUCAUGUCUAUGAGAUCUCUGCAUACAUGUUGACAGUGAACGUAACUCCAGACAAAUUAAUUUAAUAGUUCAAUGGAUUGUUGAGAUAUUCUGUUGUGAAAUUCUCUGCUCUGGAGGAAGAUGAUACGUUCAGCCUUGUAGUAUUUAUUUAUCGUCCGUUGUCUCAUGAUUCUUGCGCAAGGUUGGGGAGACCUUUUAAAAAUUCCAAAGGUUUCGAUAGUGACGUUUUUUACAAAUGAUUGAUCAGUGAUGACGGGUUUAUUCGUGGCUCGCUCGUCCCUGCUGGUGAGGAACUUGUCCAUUUUCGGUAGAUAGAUAUUGACGAAAUGACGAGCCAAUUGCGGGCCCAAUUGGCUCGCGGAGAGUUCGAUAACGGCCAGAGUGAGAUUAAUCCAUUUUUCAAGGGUUUUCGGGGGAAUGUCCCAGUUACUGAACUUGUCGUGCAAUAAAGCUCAUAAAUAACAGUGAAAUGAUGAAAUAUAUCGUUCAUUGUUGGUUGAAAAAUAAUUUUUGUUGAAUAUCUCUGAAUCUAUUGGAAAUAGUCAAUGUUUUUCCCAAAGAUUCGAAGAUAUUCACUAAUUUUGUGAUUAUUUUUUGGAAAUUAUUUUGAUUUUUUUCUGUAGAGGAGUAUAAGAUCUACAAAAAAGGUUAAGAUAUUUUUCUGGUUAAAUUAAUUCGAUUAAACAUGCAAAAUUUUCAAAUAAAUCCAGAAAAAUAGUUCAUUUCAAUUAAAUAACCUUCAUUUCAGUGAAAUGAAUUGUUCUAUUUAAACAAUUCGUAAUGAAACUUUCAUUCAAGCUCGAAUUCGAUUUUUAUUCACAUCAAAUAGAUAUAUUUUAAAAAAUGAAAAAAUUGAAUGUUUUGAUAGUAUUCCAUACUUUUUAAAUCCAUUCUUUUAAACCAGACGUUGAGAAGAUAUUUUUCUCUUCUGUUUCGAGUUAAAUUUACUGAAUCUGUUUUAACACUUCCAUAUCGAAAGGAAUUGAAUGAUUAAAUGAACUCAGGAGUUAGAUAAGGAACAAAUAUGGUCAGCCAUUGAGACAUUCACCUCGAUAGUUACUUGUGUACCUUGCAGGUUGAAAGAGAAACUAACAAAUGAAAGAUAAACAAAUUUUUUAAUACAAAUGGUACUUCCUUGAGUGCUCGUGAGGGUAUAAACUUCAUAGUUGGAUGGACUGAGGAAUUUUAAAUGCAAUUUCACGUUGACCAAAGCUGUUAUUCGUUGAACCAAUCAUUUUGAAUGUCGUUUAAUUGGUUGGAAAUAAUAACAGAAUUAUUUCACGAAUUUAUUUUUGAUUAUUCUGCAAAAUAAUCUGCGACUCCCUGAUUUUUUUGCUUGUAAUAAUAUUUUGCCAAAUUAAUUUUCCCGUCCGUGACGUGUGGAAAUAAACCCACAUGUCUGUCGACUUAUUUAUAAAUUCGGUGAGAACAAAGAGAAAUAUCUCGCUCCAUUCAAUCAUGAAAAUAAGAUUUUAGAAAUUGUUAUUCGUUCCAAGUUUAUGAAGAAAAUAAAGAAAUAUGUAAAUAGUUCUGGUGCGAAUGAACUAGUGUGCGGGAGAGUGACCUAGGUAUAAAAAAAAAGAAAUGUAAGAAUUUAUCUAAUAGUAACAUUUAUUUUUGUAUAAAUAAAAAGUGACAUGCGUACAAAAAUAAUGAAGAGACGAAUAGGGCACCUGGAUGAUUAAUGCCCGAAUAAAGUAUUAUUCAACAUGAA